AUUAAGGAAGGAAGCCGAGCAUCGUUGGGCGUCCCCGUCUCCAUCGCCGCCGUCGUCGUCGCGAUCCGCCUCCAUCAGGCGGCUUGGCUAGUCAGUGGCAACCACUGCCUCAGCUGCAAUGCUUCAUUCAACGCUUACAUUGAAUCUGAUCAUUUUUGCCUCACUACCAUUGUUCCUGAACUUGGUCUCUUUGGUACCAUUAUUGAACCAGAAAAAAGGACGAUCUAUACGGGAUAAUCCAAGUCAUUUACCACUUUUGAUCCUUCUACUUAUUGAUAUCGCACUCUCAGGAAUCGUUGCUGUACCGGUGUAUUCAUUCAUAACUGGAGAAGGUGUCUUUUCCGAUGCCAGCUGUCAAAUCUAUGGUGGAAUCGAUAUGGCAUUGUCAUUGUCACAAGUGGUACUUGCUAGUGUCAUAGCAUUUGAUCGAUAUAUUGUGACAAUUUCACCAAAAUGGGGAAAAUGGCGAUGUCAUGCCAAUUACAUGAGAGUAAUAGUUAUCAUCUUGGUCGCAUCCGCUGUAUGGAGUACGGUACCCGUCAUUGGUUACGGUAAAUACAGUACAUUCCAUGCGAACAAAUUCUGUUCACUAGAUUGGCGACAGGGUGAUUUUGACGCGAAUGUCGCAGAAUCCACUGAAGCAGCUCAUCACUAUAUAGGUUUUCUUACCGCUACGUGUUUGAUUUUCUUUCUUAUACCAACCUGCAUAGCAUCCUCAUUUUAUUACAGUAUCAUCGACCAUGUGGAUAGGCAAAGUUCCACAGAAGUUCGUGAAGAAAAUGGAAAUGCAGUUACAGAAUGCUGCACAUGGGCUCCAAAAGAUAACGUGGCCAAGAUCGGCCUUGGUUGCCUAUUGGCUUCGACAUUGCCAUUUCUGGCAUAUUCUAUAGUAUGUUUGAAUCCGAUGAAGUCUGACUUCAAUAAUGUUUCAUAUGUGGUCGUACCAGUAAUAAUUAGUCGAUUUUGCCCGCUGUUAAACCCACUUUUCUAUAUAUGGUGCAACCCCGAUAUCAUACCGAUAAACGAGUUUCUUGCAAAACGAAGAGUGAAACGACGACCCCCUCCAAAAACUUAUCAUACCAUCAACCUCAUCGCCGAUGUACCCGGAAUGUCAUUUCCUAUUCUGACACCUACAGUACCGCUUCCACGGCGACAGCUUCCUCAGAUUCCACAGAAUCUGAUUUCUCCAAGCCAAAAGGAAGUCUAUUUUGGCGACGCUGAAGAAACGAGUCCAAUGCUUACAUAAUCAAAGUUCAAACAUUCGCUUUGGCUGACAUAUGCAGAGAAAAAAAUUUGAUGGAAU